GCUUUGGUUUGAUGCAACUGACAGUUGAGAUCAUCUCGAUCAGAAAUCAGAAAAAAGUUCAAGUACUAAAACUUUGAAAAUAAAAAGUUCAAAUAUAUUCUUAGGGCGUCCUUCCAAAAGCAUCUACGGAACAACGUCGGCAGAACCCAGACUCGUCGCCUUGAAACGCAAGCCUUCAUCCCUUUUCUAUUUCGCAGGAAGUGGAAAACGCCUUUGAAAAUAGAGCAAAAGCUGUGGAACCAAGAAGAUGUCAACCUCGGGACAGCAAGAAAGCGAAGACCCAGGACUUGGGACACGUGAAAGGCGGCAUCAGCAAAGAAUGAAAUCGGCAGCGUUGUCCUCUGAUCACACCAGGUCUCUCGGUACUGACGAGGAAUUGCAGUCGCUGACUGCAAAGAGAUCCUUAGAAAAAGACGCUUUUUCCAAGACCACCGGGGGAGAUUUCGGAAUCUGCUUGUUUUGGGGCUUAACAUUGGCCGGCAUCGCAUCCAGUAUGCUGACCACCACGUUCGGGAUUUUCCACGUUGACGUCUUUUUGCGGUCCUAUCAGCUCCCUCUGUCGACUUACUCGUACGGAAAUGCCGUCUAUGCAAUAAUAAACACUGCCAACGAUCUUGCGGGUGCUUGGUUGGUGGACCAUGUUGCCACACGUCGGAAUCGGACAGAUCUCGUAGGCAUGGCUGGUUGCAUAUUCGCAGUUUGUUUCCUGACUCCUUUUUUCCGUUGGCGAGCACCGUCUCAAAGUUGGGAUGGUGUUCACUUUGUGACGACCCUGUCGCUCUACGAUACCAUGUUUGCCUUUAUGGCAAUUCUAAUGGGAUCAAUCAUAACCGACAAUCAUAAAAUGUCGGAGAAGUCUCGAGUUCGAUUCAUGGCGAGUGGGAAACUUAUAAACCUCUUCACUUCAUUUGUUGUAGCACGGGUCGGCCUGAGUACAUUUGAUGUUCAAGAUUUGACGCACUUUCGAAUUUUUGUAGUGUUUUUGGCAAUGUUGGUCAGUAUCAUGUUCAUAGUUGCACAGCGUAUGAUUUAUGUGAAAUCCAGAACCGUGACUGCUUCUGGACAAGACGCGCUUAAGGUGAGUGCGAGUGCCACGGCCGCUUCGAGUUCAAAGGGCAAAUUACACUGGCGACAGGUUGCGCUAGGAAUGGAGAUGUUGUUGGAGGCUCAAAUGACAUUUAUGUCUUCCUUUACAAAGACUUUCGUUGACCGGCUUCUCUUUGAUUCUGGUUAUAGCAGAGCCUCCUGCGACUGGCUUCUAUCCACGUUAAGACCAAUAAAGGCUAUCGCUGGGAUUCUCAUAUACGUCCCAAUCCGCAAGUUUGGCUACACGAAGAUUUACUCUACAUUGUUUGUUUUCAAUUUUUUGCUUUCGGCUACUGUAUUGACUGUCGCUGACUCCUCGUCGACACGGUGGAUCUUGACUUUUCUUGUGCUCUACUCGGUAAUAACGGGAGCUGUGCAGUCCUCUGGUUUUCAUUUAGCUAUGUCGGAUAUGGUGACAGAGAUGAAACGAAAUCAUGCUAAGGAGAGGCGAUUUGAAGAGCCUUCGUUGGCAGGUCUAUUUAUGGGAGCGAACGCUUUAUUCUGUAAACCCAUGGAGUCCCUUCUUCCAAUAGUAGCAGGGACCGUGUUGCAGAAUAAGGGUGACUCACAGCAAAAUCUCUUUUAUUUGUUGGUCAUUCCAGUACUGCUCUUUUCAGUUGCCCAGUUUUUGUUUUGGAGCCGUUAUGAAUUGACACCAGAUCGUAUGAAAGGAUUUCGACAUGAACUUGAUUCUUUGCAUUCUGAGCAAGGGAGGGCUUGUACAAGUAUAGCAAUAGAGGCUUGA